UAAAAUCUUUAUAUUAUGUUUUUACAGGUACUUCAAAAUACCUCUUCUCGAGUGGGGCAUCUUGGUAGCGACUUAAGCCCUUUAAACUUGGAACAAGUAAAGAACUCCAAUAGCAAACAGAGAAAACAUCCCAACAGGCUUAAUCGCAAACGAAGAGCUCAGGCCGAUGUACAACGUGAUAAGGAUAGCAAUUCAUCUUCUAUAAAACAACAAGAAACUAAUGGAAUGAUUCAAACCUCAAUGAAGACCAACUUGACCAACAAAUCUCAUGCAGCCUCAGAAAAACAACAACAACUUGAUACUAAAACAACCACAACAAAACUAACAAAAGUAACAACAUCAGUUGCAAAUACUAAGAAAUUGCAAACAACUUUGGCUCCCUUGACAACCUCCACUUUUGUAAACUCUGAGGAACCGAGAACUGAGAAAACACCUACAAGAACUAGAAUAAGAAUUCAUGCAAACAUAAAAGUUUCUAAUGCAACCAGUUAUCCCCAAACAACAGCCAGCACGAUAUCAUCUACCACAACAACCACUAAAACUCCAUCUGCAGCUAAAGUAACAAUUUUACCCAUGACAGCAACCUCGCAACUCUCUUCUAUGACAACAACAACCUUAAGAUCUAUGGAUAGAACAACUUCUUUACCCACGACAACAAUCUCCGCAACAACAGCAGCAACCAUCAACAGCAAAAGCAAGAAUUUAACAACAAAACCAAAUAUAAAUCUAAAUACCGAGAAUACUAACGUACUUACACAAGAAGUUGCACUUAGAGAAGAAAUUGCACUUAGAGAAGAAGCUUCCUUAAAGAAUUUAGUAACCGCAACAUCCACAACGCCAUUACCCUUGACAACAACCUUUAAAUCGGCGACAAAAACCGAUAGUAGUAGUAGCAUGACACAAAAUACAUAUAUUAAUCUGAAUACUGAAGAUAUACAAGAACCUUCACAAGAAUUUCUACUUCCAAAUCUUAGAGAAGAGCAAGUUCCUUUUAGGAAAUCUCUAGAUAAAGAAGACAACAACAGGGAGGAAAAGAAAAAUUUAGAAAACUCUUCAAAAGAAUCGAUUCAGCAGCAGCAGUUAACAAAAUAUUUAGAAACUUCUAUAUUUGGUAGAAAUACAACAACUCCCAGAUCACCCUUAUCCAAGACAACAAUCAGCUAUAGCAAAGCUAUAAAUCCAACAGCAAAAUCUUAUCCUAAUCAAGAUAUAAAAACUGCAACCGGAACAAAUCAUAGCAAUAACGCAGACUCUGGUAAAACAUUAUAUCGUUACUCGAUUUCUACCACCACACCAGCAAGGACAACAACCCCAAGUCAUGGAUCUUCUAUUACAACUAUCCCAACACAUUUACCCGAGACAACAACCGACACAAGCAGAAUUUCCAAUUCAGCUCCAAAAUCGAGUUUCAAAUUUAAUCCAGAAAACGUAUGGAAACCAAAACAAGAAAUUCUUUUAAAAAAUUCACCAAAAACAGCGCCACACUUUCCGCAUUCUCCAGCCUUAGAGUAUUAUGAUAAAGAACAAUUUGAAGCUUUUAAAAAUUUCUAUCUUAAACCCAAGAUAACAAAAUUUUUUGAAAAAUUCCCCAGCAAUGCAGACAUAAAACCUUAUGAUCCUGUUAAGAACACAUACAGAAAGUCUUUAACAUCCUUAGAGUCAUUUGCCGCUUCAACAACAACACCCUCUGAGUUGUUUAAAGUAAAAAGUGAUUUUGUUAAUUCAGAUGAUCAUUCGGAUUUCUUGAAACAAUUUGAAGAUGAAAAAUUUAAGAAACAGUUUUUUAAGGAAUUUUUUAAAAAUAUACAAAUGCCACCAGAUAGUUUUAUAGAAAGACCUAUGCGUUACUUAUCCGAUAAAGAAUUUGCUACACAGGAUAACAUGGAUAUGGUAACAAUACUAGAGAAUCUGCCACAUUUUAAUAUGUUCAAUUUGGAAAACUAUAUGCCGACUAAUGUUAAGGAUAACUCCAAGGAUUUUAAUUACUAUAUGCCUUACUUUGGCAUGGAGAUACCGGAUGAUUGAUAAAAUUUAAGAAAUUAUAAAAUUGUUCUCAAUAAAGAUGAUCAUAUCCUUUACAGUUAACUGCAAAAGUACCUGAAAAUAAGAGGCCUUUAAUAUCAUAAUAAAACUAUAGAUUAAGACGUAUGCACAGACAUAAUACCAAAGACAAAGCUUUGAGUAAAUUACACAUUUUAAGGAAUAUUCGCUGACCAUCCAGGUGACUUUUCAUUUCCUGCAAAUCUGAAGCUAUAAAGAUUUGAUGUUAUCAAAUCGGAAGUCAUCUUUAGAUCAUCAUCCUGGACUAAGCAUUUUCUCUAAUGUUAAGAUCUCGAGUGGACAACACUAUCAGUGGCUUUCCUUUGUAGAGUUAAGUUGGAGUUAAAAAAAAAUGGUUUUAAAUUUAAAAAUAAUUUGUAAAUAAAAAUUUAUAGUAAUUUUAAGGGUUAAAA